AUGACAUCCGUGGAAUCCGGCGCUAAGGUUCUCCGCAUGAAGGAGAGCGACGUGCAGAAGCUCGUUGCCAUGCACUGCCACCUUGGCACGAAGAACCGCAGCAACGCCAUGAAGAAGUACAUCCACAGCCGCACCAAGGACGGCACAAACAUCAUCGACAUCCACAUGACGUGGGAGAAGCUGAUCCUCGCCGCUCGCGUCAUCGCGGCUGUGGAGAACCCACAGGACGUCACCGUCUGCUCCACGCGUCUCUUUGGACAGCGCGCCGUGUUCAAGUUCUCGCAGCUUGUCGGCACGUCAUUCCUCGCUGGCCGCUUCAUCCCCGGUACAUUCACAAACCAGAUCCAGAAGAAGUUCAUGCAGCCACGCGUGCUGCUGGUCACAGACCCACGCACAGACCACCAGGCCCUCCGUGAGGCCAGCCUUGUGAACAUCCCCGUUAUUGCCUUCUGCGACACCGACGCCCCACUGGAGUUCGUCGACAUCGCGAUCCCGUGCAACAACCGCGGCCGCUACUCCAUCAGCAUGAUGUACUGGCUGCUGGCCCGCGAGGUGCUGCGCCUGCGCGGCACAAUCCCCCGCAGCGUGCCAUGGGACGUGAAGGUCGACCUCUUCUUCUACCGCGACCCCGAAGAGGCCCUCAAGCACGAGGAGGCCAACCAGAUCGCCGCACCGGUCGCCGAGGUGGACGAGGGCUUCGGCUGGGUGGAGCGCGACAACAACGCCUGGGAGCAGUAA